AUGAAUGCAGUCUCGAGCGCCAAGGUGGUCUCUCGGUUGUCUUUGGCAAACCUCUCUCGUGAGCCCGGCGUUGUUGGACUGCACCCAGGGUGGGGACGUCCCACGGGCACAGGGGAAAGCUAUGAUGCCGGAACAAUUUUUGCAUAUGGACAAACUGGAAUAGGCAAAACUUUUACCAUGGAAGGUGUUCGAGCUGUUCCUGAACUUAGAGGAAUCAUUCCAAAUUCAUUUGCUCACAUAUUUGGUCAUAUUGCAAAAGCAGAGGGUGAUACAAGAUUUUUGGUUCGAGUGUCUUAUUUGGAAAUAUAUAAUGAAGAAGUUCGGGACCUUUUGGGCAAGGAUCAGACACAGAGGUUAGAGGUUAAAGAAAGACCUGAUGUGGGAGUUUAUAUCAAAGAUUUAUCAGCUUAUGUGGUAAAUAAUGCUGAUGAUAUGGAUAGAAUUAUGACACUAGGCCACAAGAAUCGUUCUGUUGGUGCAACUAAUAUGAAUGAACAUAGUUCCCGAUCCCAUGCCAUCUUUACAAUUACUAUAGAAUGCAGUGAAAAAGGCACUGAUGGUAACAUGCAUGUCAGGAUGGGGAAGCUCCAUCUUGUAGAUCUUGCUGGUUCAGAAAGACAAGCAAAAACUGGAGCUACUGGACAACGCCUAAAGGAAGCUACAAAAAUCAAUCUUUCACUUUCCACCCUUGGUAAUGUAAUUUCUGCCUUGGUUGAUGGAAAAAGCACUCAUGUGCCAUAUCGUAAUUCCAAAUUGACUCCUCUUCUUCAGGAUUCUUUGGGAGGAAAUUCAAAAACCAUGAUGUGUGCAAAUAUUGGGCCAGCAGAUUACAAUUAUGAUGAAACUAUCAGUACAUUACGGUAUGCUAACCGUGCUAAGAAUAUUAAAAAUAAAGCUAGAAUUAAUGAAGAUCCAAAGGAUGCUUUGCUUCGUCAGUUUCAGAAAGAAAUAGAAGAACUGAAAAAAAAGCUUGAAGAAGGAGAAGAAAUAUCAGGCUCUGAUAUCAGUGGUUCAGAGGAGGAUGACGAUGAAGAGGGUGAGGUUGGAGAAGAUGGGGAGAAAAGGAAAAAAAGGAGGGACCAAGCAGGUAAAAAGAAAGUCUCCCCAGAUAAGAUGGUUGAAAUGCAAGCAAAAAUUGAUGAAGAGAGAAAAGCACUUGAAACAAAGCUUGACAUGGAAGAGGAAGAAAGAAACAAGGCUAGAGCAGAAUUAGAGAAACAGGAAAAAGAUCUUCUUAAGGCCCAACAAGAGCAUCAGUCUUUGCUAGAAAAAUUAUCUGCCCUGGAGAAGAAAGUAAUUGUUGGUGGGGUUGAUUUGUUGGCAAAAGCUGAGGAACAAGAGAAACUUCUUGAAGAAUCUAAUAUGGAACUGGAAGAAAGGAGGAAAAGAGCAGAGCAACUUCGUAGAGAACUUGAGGAAAAAGAGCAAGAGCGCUUGGAUAUUUGAAGAAAAAUACACCAGUUUGCAAGAGGAAAGACCAAGAAAUUAAAGAAAGUUUGGACUAUGCUGAUGGCUGCAAAGUCAGAGAUGGCUGAUCUCCAGCAAGAACAUCAGAGGGAAAUUGAAGGCUUACUGAAGAACAUUCGACAACUUAGCCGGGAGCUUCGACUUCAGAUGCUUAUUAUUGAUAACUUUAUACCUAAGGGUUACCAGGAAAUGAUUGAAAACUAUGUCCAUUGGGAUGAAGACAUAGGAGAAUGGCAGCUAAAAUCUGGCAAACAUACAGAGAUCCAGAAGAUUUUACAGGAGUUGGGAAUGAAAAGUAUUAUCUACAAUAUGGACCCUCAGGGCCCCAGUGAUGAGUUAUUCACCAUGGGGAUGAGAAACCUGGUACUUCAUACCGUUCCCCCAGCCCUCUUUAGGUCCCGAGUGACUAUUCUUGCCCCCGAUAUAAGGCAACUCAUUAAGUGA